AUGGCGGAUGAGAAAGUGGAAACGUUUCGUUACCUAAAUAAGCGUGUUUUUGUCAAUAAUGUUGACACAUAUGCGUCGAAGUAUGUUGCAAAGUUCUUGCACUCCUGUGUUGUUGGAGCGUCUCUGUCUGAUGAUACUGAACUUGAGAUGGAAGAAGAAGAAAACAAGCUGUCCCCGCAUGAUGAGCCAGCAAAAGUCAAAGGAACCUUUCAAAUUGUUGGAACUUUAGCAGACAAAACAGGGGAAAAGUCCAGUUUUACCACGGAGGAGUACAGACACUUAAAACGUGAAGAACUUUUGCAACACUUGAUCGAGUGUGAUGUCAUCAUUUACAAUAUAACUGAGUGUGCUGAUCAGAUAGAAGAGGCCACAUGGGCAGUCACAGCCCUUCAUGACAAAUUGAACAGCUUUCCCAGUCCAAAGAUGUUUAUACUUAUAUCAACGAUUAUGACAUGGGCGAUGAGUAAACCAUCUGAUCCAGAUGAUCCGAUGAUUCCUUUGACAGAGGAAAACUACAGAAGACGGAGACCACACCCCAACUUCAAAGAUCACAUCAGUUUAGAAAAACUCGUCGUUAAAUUGGGCAAAACUAAAACCUCUCAGUUCUCAACAUAUGUUGUUGCCUCAGGGCUACAAUAUGGAAUGGGUGAACAUGUCUUUCACUAUUUUUUCAAAACAGCAUGGUCGGGAAUGGUUCCCAGACUCCCUGUCUUUGGAGACGGCGCUAACAUAAUUCCCACCAUUCACAUCAAUGAUCUGGCAGGAGUUGUCCAAAAUGUAAUUGACCAGAAGCCAAAUCUGCACUACUUAUUAGCCACGGAUGAUUCUAAGAAUACCCUUGAAGAUAUAAUCUGGGCUAUAGCAGUAGCACUUGGACCUGGAAAGACACAGAAUGUCUCAAAAGAGGAUACCUUUCUGACUCAAGAACUGACACAAACAGACAUUGAUUCUCUGUUCGUCAACCUUCGAUUUGAGGCAGCCUUUCUCAAAGAUAAUUUCAAUAUCCACUGGGUCUCUGAAACUGGCAUUGUUGAAAACAUUCAACAAGUUGUUGAAGAAUUCAGGCACACCAGGGGACUGCUGCCCAUUCGCAUCUUUAUCCAUGGACCUCCAGCGGUGGGGAAAAGCACCAUUGCAGAUAAACUGUGCAAGCACUACAGACUGCAUCAUGUCAAACUCAAAGAGACCAUUACUGAGACUCUUGAUCACCUGGAGUCAGUGGUCCGCAUGGGGGGAGGGGAAAAAGGUGGCGAAGACUUCAGUGGAGCCCAGGAAUUCUUGGAGACCCUGAAGGAGAAUAUGGAGCAAAAUGGAGGUCAACUGGAAGACCUGUAUGUUACCCGCAUCAUAAGAGACAAACUGAUGUCCAAACCCUGUAGCAACCAGGGCUACAUUCUGGAUGGAUUUCCAAAAACUUAUGAACAAGCCAAAGACUUAUUUUACGCUGAAGAGGAUGGCGAUGAUAGUGACCCAGACAGCAAGAAAAUCAUCCCAGAGUUUGUUAUCUCUCUGGAUGCAUCCAAUGAACUCUUGAAGGAGCGUGUGCUGAAUCUCCCUGAGAGUCUGGUGGAGGGAACAUCCUACUCACAGGAACGGUUCCUCCGUCGCCUCAAUCGCUUCCGAGCGAGCAACGUGGAGGAUGAGACUGUGCUGAACUUCUUUGACGAACUGGAAAUUCACCCUGAGCAUAUCGAAAUCACCAGCAGUGAUGAUGCAGAGUACCUGCUUGUUACUGAGAAAGUCAUCCAAAUUGUGGGCAAACCCAGGAAUUACGGUCCAAGCACAGAAGAGCUGGAAGCAGAGGAGCGCAGGCAAGCAGACUGUAGACUGAGGCUACAGGCUGCAGAAAAGGCAGAGGCUGAACACAAGGAGGCCAUGGAGGCUGAACAGAGAGCGGCUCGCUGGGAACAGUGGAGCCAGCGUUUGGAGGAGGUGAAAUCCCUGGAGAAGGAGUUGCUGGAGGCCCAGUCAGUGCUUAUUAGGGAGUAUCUGAUGACCAGUGUCAUGCCUGUCCUCGCUCAGGGGCUCAUCGAGUGCUGCAGAAUACGCCCCGAUGACCCCGUGGACUUUCUGGCUGAAUUUCUCUUCAAAAGCAGUCCACAAUUCGAGUGA